GGUGGCUGCAGACCGCGACGGGCGUCACGCCGCGAGUUCCCGGGCACCGCCACGCGCUCGCCGUCGCCGCACUCGCCAUUCGCCCUUCCCCGUCGGUCGGCACGGCGCGGCGUUCGCUCCCACCUCUCGGUCCGCACCCGGGCGCCCCCGGACGAUGGAGCGGCGUCGGAAGCGCCGCGACGGCCUGCGUGCAGCACGUGUGAGGGCGACGAGUGUGACGGCGCUGUGCUGAGCCGAGCCGUGCCUCCUGUGUGUGCCGUGCGCGAGUGACCGCCUCCUCCGGCUUGUACAGUGGAUUACUCCGUUCUGGUGAACAGUGGAUUCGUACGAGUGGCUUUUUUCAGUGUUUUACUUGCAGUGCUUAAACGGCCUCAGGAUAUUGGAAGGAAACACUGCAGGAUGGCGGCGGCGGCCGGCUAGGCGCCCGCUGCGGCUGCUGGAGAUGGCGCCCCUGCUGCUGGUGCUGCUGCUGGUGGCUGGCGGCUGCCGGCGCGCCGGCGCGGAGCGCGUGCGCGACCUCGAGGUGUCGGAGGGCGCCCCCGUCGGCACCCGCGUCGGCUUCAUCGGCGACGGCGGCGGCGGCGGCAGCAGCUCCUCCAGCGGCGGGGGCGGCGCGGGCGGCGGCGGGCCGCCCUACCUCAUCGUGCCCGUGCCCGGCAGCGCCGUCGACUCGGACCUCAGCAUCGAGCAGACGACGGGCGAGAUCCGCACCAAGGUGCCGCUGGACCGCGAGACGCGCUCCUCCUACUCGCUGGUGGCCAUCCCGCUCAGCGGCGAGAACGUGCGCGUCGUGGUGCGCGUCCUCGACGAGAACGACAACGCGCCCACCUUCCCCACCGACGCGAUGCUCAUCGAGUUCCCGGAGAACACGCCGCGCGACGUGAAGCGCACCCUGCACCCGGCCCGGGACCUCGACCUGGGCGCCUACAACACGCAGCGCUACAACAUCGUCUCCGGCAACACCAACAACGCCUUCCGGCUGUCGUCGCACCGCGAGCGCGACGGCGUGCUCUACCUGGACCUGCAGAUCAACGGCUUCCUGGACCGCGAGACCACCGCCGCCUACAGCCUGCUGAUAGAAGCGCUGGACGGCGGCAACCCGCCACUGCGCGGCACCAUGACCGUCAACAUCACCAUACAGGACGUCAACGACAACCAGCCCAUAUUCAACCAGAGCCGCUACUUCGCGACGGUGCCCGAGAACGCGACCGUGGGCACCAGCGUGUUGCAAGUGUUCGCCACCGACACGGACGCCGGGGAGAACGGACGAGUCGAGUACUCGAUAAACCGCCGGCAGAGUGACCGCGAGGGAAUGUUCCGCAUCGAUCAGGCGACGGGCCUCAUCGCCGUCAACAGGCCGCUCGACUUCGAGACGAAGGAGUUACACGAGCUGGUCGUCGUGGCCAAGGACCGCGGCGAGCAGCCGCUCGAGACGACCGCCUUCGUCUCGAUACGCGUCACCGACGUCAACGACAACCAGCCGACGAUCAACGUGAUAUUCCUCAGCGACGACGCGACGCCCAAAAUCUCCGAGUCGGCCCAGCCGGGCGAGUUCGUGGCGCGCAUCUCCGUGAACGAUCCCGAUUCCAAGACGGAAUACUCGAACGUGAACGUGACCCUGCAAGGAGGGGACGGCAAGUUCGGACUGGCGACGCGCGACAACAUAAUCUACUUGGUGAUCGUGUCGCAACCCCUGGACCGCGAGCUGCAGCCCAACUACACGCUGUCCGUGAUCGCGACCGACCAGGGCGACCCGCCGCUGCACGCGUCGCGCACCUUCCACCUGCUGGUCACCGACAUCAACGACAACGCGCCCGAGUUCGAGCGCGCCGUCUACUACGCGAACGUGCUCGAGGUGGCCGACCCGGGCACGUCGGUGCUGCAGGUGCGCGCGCAGGACCGCGACGAGGGCGACAACUCGGCGCUCUCCUACUCCAUCGCCGACACGCCCGAGACGCACUCGGGCUGGUUCCAGAUCGACGCCCGCUCGGGGCUCGUCACGACGAGGGCGCACAUCGACUGCGAGACGGACCCCGUGCCGCAGCUGACGGUCGUCGCCAGCGACAACGGCACGCCGCCGCUCUCGUCGUCCGCCACGGUGCUCGUCACCAUACACGACGUCAACGACAACGAGCCCAUCUUCGACCAGAGCUUCUACAACGUGUCCAUCCCCGAGAACGAGCCGCGGGGACGCUGCAUUCUCAAGGUAAGGCGCUGAUCAGAGCUGCGUGUUUUGUGAACAAGUGCCGUCGCCUGGUAAGUCUUUCUGCACCAACUGGCUAGUUCAAGACACGUCCCUCCAUAUGCACGUUGAAAUCAUGACUGUAAACUUACGUCCCUCUACUGCGCAGAACCCUGUACAGCACUAUUGCGAUUGACUGUGAAUGCUUCCGUAACGAAUUUUGAAAAAUGUAGUACUCAGCAGGCCUCGAAACGUGGCACUGUCGAUUCCCGUAGGACACUUAGUAACUACGCCGCUGUUCUCGGUACGCCAGAAUGUAUAUGUGCCAAUCAAACAAAUUCCUCGUGUAGCUCACUUCAGUUUUUAUGCGUCCAAGAGCAGCAGCACGUAAGCUAAAUGUGCCAAUGUUGUCCCCUAGGGCAGGUACGAACGUUGACACUGGGUAUUGUUUUCUUUG